CAUAUGGAAGUUUUCUUUUUAUUUCACGACUGGGAAAGCGAUCCACGUGGAUUUAGUUGAGUUAAAUUUGAUAGCUAUAUAUGAAUGUUUAUACGCUGAAGCUUACUUGGUUUAUGAACGCUUUAUACAAACUUCAAAAUCUUUAACGCAAACAGUACACAGUGUAUCAUUACGUCCGAAAGUCAAGUGCCCUGGAACAAAUAGUGAAAACACGUAUUUGAUAUGAGAGGAGGUCAGCUUAAUACGCAAGUUUUAUCUCAUGAGGACUAGAACGUGGAUAUCUACCUUCGCUGCCAUCGGACUGUGGACGUGGCUGAUAACCUCUUCUCCUAAAGGUGCAAGAUCAGGCGUGGAAUCUUCGAUUGAUGCCAACAGUACGCUAACGAUUCACCAUGUACUGAAGAAAAAUGAGUCGUCGUUCCUAAUUGUAUCCCACCAGAGAUGUUUUCUGCAUUCUGUAGUAAUUGACGGUACUGGCGUCUUGCUGUAAAUCUAUAUACGUGUUUUUUACACCUAUUUCACAGUUGUUUAACUGAAUAACUAGAUGAUCGAUAUGAAAAUUGCUAAAAUUGAGGAAGAAAACAGUUUCAUGUUUUAUGAGAAUGUUUAUUUGAUAUCCGCCAACAAAUAUUGAUAAAUCGUUUGAUGUGAUUCGUCGAGAAAAACGAUUUCAUAGCAACGCCAACAUUGGUCUGCAUUGCAAACCUGUAUACGUAACAAACGAUAUGAUUGGUCAUACAUAUUUUACAACAACUAUGUGACCAUGUGUUGAAUAUCAAUAACACGGAUGCUGCAGAUUGUAGCGCGGAACUCUGUUGAAACACGGUGCAUGUUUAUAAAGUUGAUGGACAGACACUUGAAGAUCAUUUGUUGGUGUAGAGUUCCAUCCUGCCUGACGAACUACUACCUGGAUUUAAGUUGUUGAAGUCAUGCAGAUACAUCAACCCGGCAACCACUUAUGGGCACAUGUUGCUGUUCAAGUGUUUAUCUUAAUAGGGACAUGUUUGUCCACGAAUGUUAUCCAAGACGAGGAUACACAGCGCAAGGCGCUUAACAAAGAGAGACUGCGAUGUAUCGGCUACACGAUCCUCGACAACAAAUCCAACACAACAGACGACUCUCUAAAAUGCCCCCGAAUCUGGGACAAUGUAAUGUGCUGGGCCCCGACGGAUGCCGGAACAUUGGCGGCCCAACCUUGUCCGAAAUAUGUCGCCAAAAUCAACUAUAUACAGAAUGCGACCCGGAUGUGCAUGCCAGAUGGAACGUGGUUCAUGAAACCUGGAUCCAACACUUCAUGGACGAACUUCACUGCCUGCCAAUCUAUCAGUGAUAACGGUUGGACAGUCCCGAGGUCGUUCGCCAAACACAUGCAGGAGAUGCGCAUAAUGUAUAACGUGGGGUACGGACUGUCUAUGACGUCACUGGUCAUAGCUGUCUUUAUCAUGAUAUACUUCAAGAAGUUGCAUUGCUCCAGGAACACCAUUCACCUGAAUCUGUUUCUGUCGUUCAUCCUCCGAGGUGGUGUGUCCUUUGUGAAAGAAAACAUAUUGAUAGAAAGUGUCGGAUUUCCUUCGGACGUAAAGAGGGAAGAUGGCGGCAUUGUAUUCUUACAAAAUGUGUCGCAUUGGGAAUGUCGUCUUUUCUUCACCAUCUUUAACUACAUCAUAGCCGCCAGUUACAUGUGGAUCUUCGUGGAAGCUCUCUACCUCCAAGUUAUCAUCUCGUUGGCGGUCUUCUGUCAGAAGGGACGUCUGAAAUGGUUUAUGUGUCUCGGAUGGUUUACGCCAUUGACUUUUAUCAUACCAUGGGCAAUUGUCAGAGCCACAAUAGACAAUGAAAACUGUUGGAACACAUAUUACGACAAGCCGUGGCUUAUAUGGAUUAUAUAUGGACCAAUCACCGCCACCAUUGUCAUAAAUAUCUGUAUAUUUAUCAAUAUCGUACGGAUAUUAUUUACCAAACUCAACUCGUCACCUUGUCCAGAAACCAAGAAGUUCAGGUAUAGACGGUUAGCCAAAUCCACACUGAUCCUUAUACCUCUGUUCGGCGUACAUUAUAUCGUCUUUACAUAUGUCCCGUUCGGCAGCAUGGAUCAACAAGCCAUCAUCCACUUACUGUAUGUCGAGAUGUUCUGCAACUCAUUCCAGGGAUUUUUGCUGUCCUUGCUGUUUUGUUUCCUCAACGCAGAGGUCCAAUCGGAGCUUAAGAAGGCGUGGAAAAGGCGUCACCUCCGGAGAGCGGAGAGUUAUCGCUCCAGAUCUUCCUUCCUGUCACGUGUUAGUCGAUCGCGUCAUCACCCUAACAACGACGGCAUGAACGGGUCGAUCCAGUAUACCGAUAGGAUCACUCCUAUGGAAAUGAGCCCAUGCCCGACCAACAUAGAGGAAAAAAUGCCAUUCACAAGUGAACUUUCACAGGAAAGUGUUAUUGACAACCAUACGGAAAAUGUGUGGCCAAAGAAUGAGGAGUCAGACACUUGUUUGAAUAAUAACCAUACACUUGAGUGCCAACAGACGGACAAUUUAGUUGGAGACGGCUGCAAAGGGAGAUAACCUUUUGAAACUAACAAGUCUCGUUCGAAUGAGGAAGUGUGUGUUGCUUCAUCAAAAUAUUUGAGUUUAGAUAAGCAUUAUAAAGACUAAAAUAUGUGAACGAACGUGUCUUGUAUCUUACUGGUCCCUCCUAUCCCGAAAGUCCUAAGCUUAGGAUUUCCUCUAAAAUGAAGAUGACAUCUAAAAUGAAAAUGCCAUGAGUCAGAAAUUGAGUGAACAUCAGUUGUACUAUAUAGGGAAUGUACAGCCAGUGGAUACUAAGUAUCAAUGCAACGAGCAACAUAUAGCUGUGGCUGAGUAUAACGCGCAACAAUAAGUGAGGGAGUAUAUCAAUUGUAUUAUUUCUGAGAUGAAAUAUACAUAUCAGUGAACGCGAGACAAGACAAGGAAUGAUACAGAUCUUGGAGAUGUUGCAUCAUAUUAACAGUAUGAAUGAUAAUGGAAAGUUUCCCAGAGGAUGUUAUAUAGGAAAAGACGCAACGAAAUCCAGAGUUCAAAAUUGUUAUUUGAUGUGACUUGUGCUGCAAAGUCUGAUUGGAUUUAAAGAAAGCUUGAUCAAUCUUGUUGAAUAUGUUCGGACAUAUUCAAAUUCCUGAUUUUUUUUAAUGUUGACUAGGUACAGAUCCCAUCAUAAAUUUUGACAGUUGAAAUUGUGGCAUUCUGGAAAUGUCACUAAAUCGCUCAUAUAUGUUCAAAUAGACAUCCAAACUGUUGACAAUGGUACAGUAGAUAGCCAAGGAAAAAUAAGAGAGAAGAAACCCAAUCGUUGUACAUGAACCAGUGAUCUUUGAAACAAUUGCCAAACAAGCAAAACUUGCUCUUUAAUUAGAAUGAAAAUGCUAACGCUAUCACGAGAACGUUAUAGAACUUUACAAAGCGAUAAACUAUGAAGUCCAAGAAGAAAUAGGCUUUAUUUUCUUCUGUUGAAGAGCUUUGAGUGAUACAAUACUAAGAAGAUGGCAGCGGGUUACGCAAUACCAGUUUGAAAUUGGUUGUCUUUUAUUCCAUUUUUUCUUUUUUAUUUAUAUAUAUAUUUCCGAGUUCGAAUGAAAGCAUUGACAUUGUAGAAUUUCUCGCCUCGUACCAAUACAUGAAUAAUGACUCCAACUUAUAAGUUGUAGCAAAAAACAAAACAAUCUGGCAUGCAUAUAUAUUGGCAACAAGGAGUUGGUACGGACAGUUCAUAUUUGACUUCCAUCUUUUACUAGUAUUAUCAUAGUAUGCUUGGCCUAAUGACAGGAGUAUACUUAAACUACACAGAUAUCCUAUUUUGUGCUUUUUCUUUCAGAAGGAAAGUAUGCUACAGUUGAAACAUAUUUUAAUGGAAUACAUUUCAUCCUUUGUAAUAUAUGCUGUUGGAAACAUCAACUGAUGUUCAGAUGAUAUAUUUAUAUUUAGAGAAUGCUUCUCAUCACCAUCGAUAAAACAAUAUCAUAAUUGAUAUACAUAUCAAACCAUUUUGGCGAUGGCUAUUUCAUACCAAUUUCCUUCAUUCCUUAUUCCUUGAUACUUUCAAUAUAACUCCUAAAUCAUUUUAUUCCGCUUCAUUUAAAAGAGAAAAUUUUCUCAUGUCAUAUUUCAUUCAUCGACAAAUAGACAUAUAUAGAUAAUAAGUUUUUAUGUGAUGAUAUGACGGCUUUGAGGGUCUGGAGUAUCCUGAUUUUUUUUCAGAAUUUAACAUUUUUAUUGCCGAAAACAGACUAAUGGACAACAGGAGAGUUCUUACAAGUUACAAGCUCAUCUCCACAAUGGUCCUCUUUGUUGACAUAUGGUGUUCACGUAUUUGUGUGUAUUAUAUUGUAACGAUCAUCAUAAUGCGUCUCUGUGAAUAAUUAAAGUGCUGCAUGAUUUUUAUUAGAAUUACCACGGUCUAUUAGCAAAACACUGAGGUUGACAGGAGAUUAUCAAUUUCUCGCAUACCUCACACGUGAUUCCUUGGUUGCUAGGGAACGGAUUACUCUAAAUCGUACGAGGUAAGGAAAGACAACUGGCACGCGCUAUGACUCUGCUCACAAUUGCGUUAUGUCAUCAUUUGUUGUAGCGUUACCAUAUCGCAAAUUGAUAACGUCAUCAAUAUCGACGAACACUUAAUGGGACAUCGAUGAUGACUCGAGGAAAAUGAUGAUCAUCUAGUUUUUUGGAGUAUGUGAAAAAAAUAAUCCUGUUCCGUGGACAAGCCGUCGGUAAGCCUCGUGCUGGACAGCCAAGCUCUUACACAAAGGUGGAUGUUAAGAUUCUAUAAUAAUGUCACGUGAACAUUUGUGAUGCUAGUGCACGUGGGAUAGAAAGGUUUAAUAGGUGAUGAAUUACUUCUGUUUGUGCUGCGCCCGCAGCAUAUUUUAAUUCAUCUUAGAAAUAAGUUAUUUAUACACAUGAAUUGCAUCUAUUUUUAAA